UGAGGACAGACAGUCGUUUUUGGUGAAUGAUGAAAUAGACUUAAUCAAAGACUUAAUCGAAACAUCAGUUGCUGCAAUCUGCACACAGUCUGUUGGCUUUUGGUUAUUUGAUUGAAACACAGCCAUGAGGGACGAGGAGCCGUAUCAGGCACUUUGCACAUCUCAAGAGGAGACAGUUGACCACAGUGAGCCAAGACUGGAUUCAGAAGCUAAAAGCGGGGUCUACAUGGUCUACAACACUGCAACAUCUCCAGCCACAGGCCGUUCUUGGGUCAUACUCAAGGCUCUGGUGGCAGUAUUGGGCCUGCUGUGUGUACUUCUGGUGAUCGGCAUAGCAGUGCUUUUGACUGGCAACACGUCGUGCAGCACUCCUCCACCCCAAAAUGGGGCCUAUGGCAAUCAAGAUUACCAUGACAUGCAGAACAAGAAACUUUGCUUUCCCAAGCACUCAGACGAUUCCUUUGUCAAGAUCCUGCUCGACUACAAGGAGCCCCUCACCCACUUGACGCUGUGCAUGCGCUACUUCACCCAGUUCUCCCGCAAGGAGCAGUCUCUCUUCUCCAUGGCCACGCGCUCGUACAGCAACGCCUUCCUGCUCUUCAUCGAGCGCAACGGCAAGUUCUCCUUCGAGGUCAACCACGACUCCAUAUGGACCAACAUCGCCAGCCCGCCGGGCCAGUGGAACUCUGUGUGCGCCAGCUGGAACGUUUGCGGGACGACCGAGAUGUGGCUGAACGGGAAGAAGUUCAGCCUCCAGAGGAUAUCCACAGGCCGAGGCAUCGACACCCAGGCCAUCAUCAAGAUUGGCCAGGAGCAGGACAGCUACGGAGGCAGUUUAGACAUCACACAGUGUUUUGUUGGCGAGAUCAGUGACGUUUACCUAUGGGGACACGGGAAGACCACCACCCUCGUCUCUCAGUUCUUGCAGACACAGCGCUCCAGUUUUGACGACAGCUUUUUGAUCAACUGGAGGGCAUUCAACUACACCAGCUUGUCGGGGCACGCCUCUGUCAUAUCCAACUCAUCUGUGUGUGAUGUUGAUUGAUUGACAACCAUUAAGUGCCAGGUGUGCAUUUCUCAAAAGAGAAGUUGUUAGCCUGUUAGCAACUUUGGUAGUUGCUAAUGGGGAAAUGCAUUGAAAACAACAAAGUAGCUAACUUUGGAUUCGAGAAAUGCACCCCAGAAAUCAUUACAUGAUUUCAACGUUGUCAUAGCAUACUAAUAGUGUUGUAAUUACUAGAGCACUUCUACUUCUACUUUAUACAACUCUGCUAAGUGCGCUACACCUUUUGUCCUAUUUCAUACAGUAUAUGAGUGCAGUUUUUUCACUAAUGUGCCCAAGUUUAUAGGCCCAAGUUUGGAGGACAGUUUAUAAUCAACUUGACAGGAAAUUAAUUGUGUCAAAAAAACAUUUAGGUUGAGUUCAGUGUGUAACUUAAUGCCACAAAUAAAGACACAUUAGUAAUCUUAGUCUGCUGGCAAUACUGGCUGUAAUUAGGAUACACAGAGACUUUAUUGAUAUUGUGUUCCAAUUCUGUUUCAUUUUGAUGAUUGUUUAGACCUCCGGAUGGUCACCGACAUCCAAUCCAAUCCCUCUCUUAACCUCAACAGGAUACAGUUUCAACAAGUGGUUCAUUUAUAUACUAUCUAUACAUUUUGUAGAUUAUCCAUCUGUGCAAAAAAAUAAGGCUGAGUGAAGGCCAUGGAUAUUAUACGGCCUCUACCAAAUACACAACUGAUCGGCAUAUGACUGUUUGUCUGUCUGAGUUAUUGUCCAUUAUUCAUAUUUUUUAUGAUAUUUAAUGUAUUUAUAGGGGCAGCUGUGGCGUAAUGUUAGGAAGGUGGUCUUUGGAUCAGAGGGUUGCAUGUUUGAAUCCCACCCUGACCAGGAAGAUGGUUGAACUCUCCUGAGCGGUUGAUUGGUUGAUGUUGGUGGAUGGUUGAUUUCACCCUGCAGUGUUCUGAGCACUCUACUAGCUGUAAGAUGCUUUGAAUAAAAGGCUCAUGGAAGUGGAGUGUAAUAUUUUGUACAAUAACAAGACGGGUGAGGACAGGUUGUGAAUCUGCUUUUAUUAAAAUAUUAGUGGUUAGGCAGUGUGUCAUCAUUAUAUGAAAAUUCAUAUGCAUCAAAAGCUACACGACCAAGCAGUAAAAAAAAAAGGUGAAACGUAAACAAUUUUUAAUAAAACAAAAAUGUUGCCAUUUUAAACCACUAAAUAUUACAUGGUGAGUUCUACUUGUAUUUAAAGCAAAAACUAUGUAUAUUUACGUAUGAUGAUGAGAGAAUGCAUUGGAGCACUGGACUUGUAGGCAGCAGUGAUUCACAUUGUUACAGUAUAAACAAUGCAAUAAAUGUACAAAACAUCAGGAAAAUAUUUGGGGGUGAAACAACAAGGGGACCCCUCUUUUUCACCAACCUGUAAAAAUAUAAUACUGCAGAUUUAUUUGGAGAGGAAAACAAAACAAGAGAAAGUGUUGCACAAAACAUACCAUUUUGUGUCACGUUUUGAUCUUGGUGAUUAACACAUGUUAAUGCUGUCUGGUGAGCUGAAGUCUGGCUGCUGCGCAAAAAAAGACCCCUUUGAGGUUUCAUUUAAGACCAUGUUGUUGUUUUUUAUUGCAAUGACAGCUUUGAUUAGUAUCUGAGUCUAUACUACUGAAUGAAGUACUCAUCCAGCUUAGCUCUACCACUCUUGGUAAGGAGAGGAAUGAGUUAUAUGCCAGGAGUCUGCUCCCAGCUAUUCAGACAUACGCUCUCCCUGGUCAUUGUAAGAAAUAUAUCUCAAUAUCUCAUUCAUUCAGGGAAAUAUCAAUAAGAAGCCACCUGCUUUUAACCAGGUGACAACAGCAGUAGUUUAGAAUGUCUCCUUUAAACGUGGACCAUAUCCCCUUUAAUCUUUUCCCCAAGAUGGUAGAUCAACUACCACACACAGCCACAAGGUGGUGCUGCAGUAUUACUAUUACACUUUGUAAUAUCACACAAACUAUAACCAGAAUUCACGACAUGGGGACACUAGAUGGAAACAACAAAUGAGAUUUUUUAAAUCUCAGUCGUAUUGCUUUUUUUCCAUAACUACUUGAUAUUUAACAUCCUUGUCCAAUAUGAAAUAACAAAGUAACACCUGGAAUUACUGCGUGAAUAGAAGUUUCCAAGUUGACCAGUCAUGGAAACCUCUCAUACCUUCAUUUAAGAUCACCUAAAAACUAAUUUACCAUUAGAUUCUUCCUCCUCGUUGAUGGCUGAGCGUCACACGGGUGACACUCUCAAGCCACCAAUUUAUCAGCAAUGUCACGGUUCAUUUUUCACAACUCCUUUAACACUGAACGCAACAGAGUGAUAUUUGCGACACACACACACGCGCACACACACACACACACACACACACACACACACACCAACAAAUACAUACAGAAACAAACACCAACAAACAAACAUGCACACAACUUACAGUGUUUUAAAAUCUGAAAGUCCCCAACAAUCUGACUUGUGCCAUAAAUCAACAAAUGGACGAAAUUGACAAUAAGCAAUUAGAGUCAUAAAAUAAACAGUCGAACAGAAAAAAGUUUCUCAUUUGACCUCCUUUGAAGCCAUAUGUCAGGACAAAAACUAUGUGUGUGUGUGUGUGUGUGUGUGUGUGUGUGCGUGUGUGUGCGUGCGUGUGUGCGUGUGUGUGUGUGUGUGUGUGUAAGACAGAAAAAAAGAGACAGAUAGAGAGAAAAUGCAAGUAAGAGAGAUAAAAUUAACAAUACGAAGCACUUCCAUGUUCAUAAACUGCCCUCCACCAAUUUGAUACAAAAAAAGAAAUCCAAUUUUCAUCUAAUCAGUGUUAUUCCAGCACGUUUUCAUAUACCCUUCCCCCAUCUUAUUCUUUUGGCUCCCCGUAUGUAUGUUUUGCAUCGCUCCCCUUACACUGUAAAACAUAACAGCCGGUUAAAAAUAA